AUAGAUAUAUGCAUGCCAUUUUUGCUUCUUCAACACGCACUUACGCACUUCAACGUUCAUUUAUACCUGCUUUCUUCACCAUUACAUCACAUCCUCUCAUCUUCCAUCUCCACUGUACUUUCUUCCUCCUACCUAAUAAUAAUCUUGCAUUACCAUAGUUAAUCAAAGUUUCUCGAAAUCUGGGAAUAUCUAGAUAGAUAAUAGAUUGAUUGAGUGAAUAUAUAUAUAGAUUGGUUGAUCUCUUUGUCAUUUCUCGCUUUUCAACUGAACUGUGAGUCCUCACUGAGAAUGGGGAAUUGCCAGGCGGCGGAGGCGGCGACGGUGGUGAUUCAACAUCCCGGUAACAAAGUGGAGAGGAUUUACUGGUCGGUCAGUGCUCACGACGUCAUGAAUUCUAACCCCGGCCACUACGUCGCCCUCGUCAUCACCUCUCCGACGGACAGGACGACGGAGAACGGCGCCCCGGUAAAGCAGCUCAAGCUUCUCCGCCCCGCCGAUACUUUGCUCAUCGGACAGGUUUAUCGCCUCGUCAGCUUCGAAGACGUUCUCAAGGAAUUUGCUGCCAAGAAGUGCGUGAAACUCGGGAAGUUGUUGAAGGAGAGCGCCCGACUUGGCCUCGACCCGAAAAGAAACUCGGAUGCUCCGGCUCCGGCUCCGAAUCCGAAACCAAAAGUGGCCAAGGCGGAACACGAUCCUUACCAUCUGGAAAGUAGCGGCAGUGGCAGCAGUAGCAGUGGCAUUCGAAGUGUGGGGAGGCAUGGUGGGGGGCAAUGGAGACCAGCCUUACAGAGCAUAGCAGAAGUCGGAAGUUGAAGGCACUCACUCUCAAACACCAACAAAUUAAAGCAGUGCCACUUUUCAAGAAUCACACAUCCAAUUCCAAUGCUUACUUUUCCUGCCCAGAAUCGAAUCUCAGAUUCUCCCCUACAAGUAACAACAAAGGGAUCCCUCCACCCUUCCCAUACUUUUUCAACCCUCUUUUACUUUUUCUAAUUCAGAAACACAGGUCCGAAGCUUUUCUAGUAACUCUUGCCAUCAUGAGGCAGUGAACUAUCCGUUUACAAUGCUGUUAAUGUAGUUUACUUCCAUUUUAUCCAUCCCAUAUAAAUAUGUAAUCAGAUACGCAUGCAUUUUAGAGAAGACCAUAUGACAUUUGCAACUUUUUAGUUGAAAUAUAGUACAUGCUAGACUCUUUGAUUUACGAAAAAGUUUGUAAUUG